AUGUUUGAGUCUGGACGAAUGAAAUAUGGAUAUAAACCUGCAGUUGCAACUGGAAACAUGCAGCCCAACAGCAGAAUAACAGUAGCGGUUAGAGCACGAGCACAACCGAUAGUUGGGAAAAAGUCGGAGUGUGAAGGUAUAGAUAGAGUCUUUUCCUUGGAAACAAAUCGAGAGAUAUAUUUGGAGUUAGUGAAGCCUUAUAUUGCCCGACUUGAAUUUUCAACAAUCUUUACUUAUGGUCGGACUGGUAGUGGUAAAACUUACACUAUGUUUGGAAAUUCUGGGGAUCCUGGUCUGGCCCAAUUACUACUGAGUGAUCUAGUAUCUAUGUACAAAAUUGUCUCGGUUCGGUGUAUUGAGAUAUAUAAUGAAAUUGUCACUGAUUUAAUAACUGGAGAGCCCGUUCGCAUUAUUCAGGAAAGUUCACGAACUCGUGUGCUUAGCGAUAAUCUAACUGUAAUCAAAAGCGAGCCAGAAAUAAACCGACUGAUCCAGCAAAUCGAACAGAAAAGAAAGACCUCCCAAACUGAGUACAAUCGCGAAAGUAGUCGUAGUCAUACGGUUAUUGAAAUAACUUCAGCCGGACUUUGUGUUAAUCUAGUUGAUCUGGCCGGUAACGAAAAGAUCAGUCUCUGCGAACAAAGAAGGAAAGAAGGUCUCAUGAUUAAUAAGAGUCUACUAACUCUUGGUAAAGUCAUCGACCAACUUAAUGAUUCAACUCAACAUGUCUCUUACCGCGAGUCCAAACUCACCCGUAUUUUACAAAACACUCUAACUAGCGGCACGAUUGUUUGUAUUUGCACAGUCAUUGAUAUGGCCGACCAACUAACCUUAAAGUUUGCCAAACGUCUCAAACGCAUCAAAGGCAUAGAAAGACAACUAGAAAAGUCCAAAGACGAGAUUAUCUACGAUCUCCAACAACAAAUCCAGUAUCUAACCGAAGAAAUCCUUCUCUUAAAAACCAACGCAACUCCAGCACCAGAUACUAUCUCCAACCCACCUAACACCGACUUAGCCAUAGAAGAAGUACUAUCUAAUGAAGAGUUGGGGUCUAAUGAAGAGAUAGGAUCUAAUGAAGAAAUGGGGCCUAAUGAAGAAAUAGUAUCUAAUGGAGAAGUACCACCAACAGUGGAUAUAAUCAAGCAAGAUCCAACCUUUCCCAAUAAGUCAGCAUCCUUUCGUGGCCAAUCUCACCCAUCUCUCUCACCUGAACACCCCGAGGACUCUUUUUCUAGCCUACAUACUAGCUCUGAUUAUUCUGACAACGUAGACAUACUAAACUCAUCACAAAUUGAAGAACCCAACCCAACCCAAUCUUCGCAGCAUCCAUCCCAUGCUAACCUCUACGAAAUGAUCUACUACUACAUCAAAGAUGAAGUUACCCAAGAAAUGGCCAACCUACUAACUCCACAAGAAAUAGACCAAGUCCAUGUCACAGUCACCAAAAGAAGAGCCGGUAUCCGCGACGGCUCCGAGUUCAAAACCAUCGUCAAGGAAUCCCGAACCGAAAUCAAACCCUAUGAGCCCGAGCCAAGCACCGAGUACUAA